UGGCUGGUCAGGCAGGAAGUUGAGUGUGGUUAGCUGAGCGGAACUAUAGAGGGGAAGCUGGUUUUUGUUUUUUUUAAUACACUGCAUAUGUUCUGCGUAGUUCUGACAAAAGUGAAACCCGAGAAUAAAACGAGUCAGUGGGGCAUAUAGAGAGGAACAAAGGUAAAGCAGGAGGCUCCAGGAGAAACCUUGACCACGGACUUCUGGGCCAAGUCUGUCAGAGUAGAGCCCCUCGUAGUUCAGGCGUGAGACCCGUCAUGCUGCCAGUGUGAGCUCUCGGGAGACUGCAUGGGACCCGCGAUGGCAGUUCUGGCAGGUGUGAAGCCUGGCACUGGACAAAGGGCAGGUGAGGGGAGGCUGUCCUGGCCAGUUUUCCUCCUGACACUGGCCGCUGUCACCUCCUCCUCGCUCUCAGCUCUGUCCAUGUACCAACUGAUGGCUCUCAGGGCGGAGGUGGAGGGACUCCGAUCCGAGGUCAGCCGCAGGAGAGAAGAGGGUCAAGAGGCCAAGCAUGGAGGCCAGACUGAGAAUAUCAGUUGUAGGAGAAGCAGCCAAGAGCCGAUUCCCCAACCCGAGUCUCAACGUGCUUCCAGCCCUGCCCGGAGAAGGAGGACGGCGACCGGAGCAGAGACGCCGGUUUCUCAGCCGUGCAUACAGCUGCUGGCAAACAGCAGCAGGAAACCCUUCAGGAAAGAGUUUGACUCGGAGCCUCACACAGGUAUCCCGUGGCAGGCCGGACUGAGGAGGGGCUCCGCCCUGGAGACAGACGGCGACAGCAUAUUAGUCAGAGAGGAGGGAUUCUUCUUCGUGUACAGUCAGGUCUACUACAUGGACAGCACCUUUGCAAUGGGCCACGUGGUGAUCCGGAGGAAGAGAAACGUGGUGGGAGACGAGCCUCAGUAUGUGAUCCUGUUCCGCUGCAUCCAGAACAUGAACCCUGUCGACCCCUACAACACCUGCUACACAGGAGGCAUUGUGAAGCUGGAGGUCGGCGACAACUUGGAGCUCCUGAUCCCCCGUUCCACAGCCAACGUGUCGCUGGAAGGAGACGGCACCUUCCUGGGUGCUGUCAAACUCGCUUAGGUGUGUCACCUCACUUCGGAUGCUGUUGUCAAGGAGAAGACAACAGCAGCUCGGGAAGCUCGACUUUGGAUGUUUGAGAGAAGAAGAACUCAGGAAGUGGCCACUUCUGCACUGGCUGAAUGACAGACGGUUUGCCGGCCCAGGCUGAGUACACAUGAAGGGUCAUGAUGAGUUGACGGCAUAGUGGUUCCACUUUAUACAUACAUACGAUUGAUAUUAUAGCGCUAUUAUGUUAUUUUCUACCACACAUCAGGACGAAAUAUUGUAAAAACUGCCUGAAUUAAGUAAUUUUUCCUCUAAUAUUCACAAACACAUGGCAUCGUCUGACUUGAAGAGCAUCGGUUACUUACUCAAUCUUAUACUUUUAAAUGCAUACAUCACUAUUUGUUCCAUCUGUAGCAUUACUGUACCAUUGCAAUAUAUUUUUUCUCAUAUGCUUCAUUGUUUUUGCUUUCAUAUGAAAACCAAGAUUUGAUCUUUAGUUUAAAUUGUCUAAAAUUAUAUGAAAAUUCCACAUUAAAGUGAGAGAUAUGGUGAAGCAAUGACAUCAUCUGGAGUCCAGGUUGUUGUUCCAGUUGUGGCCACUAAGAGGAAAAAAGGCACCAAACAAACUCAUAAAAUUCAAGCUGAGCAAGAACAGUCAACAGUAAGUAAAAGAGCAUAUACUGUAGAAAGAUCAUAAUUAAAUAUAAUGUUUCGUUGCUCUUUAGUAGUAUCAUAUUGUGAUGACAUCAUAUGAACAUUUUGUCAUGUCAUAUUUCGUAAACAUCUGCUGCAUUAGUUAAACAUAACAUCUAAUUACAUUUUUAAAACUUAUCCACAAAAUAAUUUAGUUUUGUCUUUAGGCAUAACAAGAAGAAAAAGAGCAAACAGCAUUCAAAGUCUAUUUGAUUACUUUACAUCAUUUUGCAUGAAUCUGACAAAGGUUGUGAUGAUAUGAUUGAUUACAUGAAUGCAAAAAUUCCACAUCUGAGGAUGACUCGCCCACCACGUGUUUCUGUGUACUUGUUGAUGAGUAAAAAUGAAUAAAAGACACAAAUACCAUGA